AUGAGGAAGCUCGUGUGUGCGAGGUGCUGUCUGUUCCUGUUAGCCGCGCCCAGCAUCAACCCGGAGGCCUGGGGAGUGGCGGAAUCAGACAGGCCCGGCUGCUGUCUUGGCCCCCGCCCAGCCCAGCUUCCAAGUGACCAACCUGUCAACUCGCUACGACAGCCUCUCAUCCCGCAUCUGAAACUUUGGCACCGCCACUAG